AUGAGCGGUUUAAUUUCGUAUUUUUGGGGCAAUACAACAGACGAAGUCCCAGAGGAAGCUUAUCGCCGUAUUCAGCAACUCCCAAUGAGUCAUCUUUCCUAUUACCCCGUCGUUGUAUCAAAAGAGCUGAUGGCUUAUUUUAAGAAAACUGAAAUAAAGGUGCAACCCUACUCCCCGACACAUAGUGUCGACACAUUCUUUUUUAAGACGUCUGCUACAACUCCUAUUGAACGUGUUCAGGCUUUGGCAGAAGCAUUCAAGAAUACUCUUCCGGUUGUGUAUUGGACAGACAUUCAGAUCGACGAAAGAGCUCCAGCGGAGUUUUACUCAAUUUAUCUCCCAAUGGCACUGAAAAACAAAUUCAACACAGAUUUUGUUAUUCAACACGGGAAAGUCAUCUGGGAUUCCACUCUUGCAAUCUCAAAAAUUGACGUUGACAAACUGAUUUCCCAAAAACGAACGACAUUCCCCAAUCUCGUUCUGCCACUUUCGUUUUUCAAAUCGAAAAACUCAAAGAGCGUCGAAACUGUUUCUGAUGGUCUUUUUGAUGAAAAGAGCUUCACAUCGAAAAUCUCGUUUUCUAUUGAACCGUCCCCGAUCUCAAAAUUCGUCCUUUCCAAGUUUGAGAAGUGUGUGGAACGCGAGAUGAGAAAUAAUCUCGUCUGGCCUCAGGACGAACGAAUCUCAAAGGGAAAUUUUGAGAAGGGCGAUAAACAAGUAGUUUUCUUUACUAUAAACGAAAAGUCAAAAAAAUUCUUUUUGGAAAAAUACGACGCACUUGUUCGACAAAUUUUGGAGUCCGUUGUCAACACAACACUCACAACAAAAGACGCAAUCGAGUGUUGUAAAAGAUUUAAUUUGAAGACUUCUAAGAGAGUUGCGGCUGUCAGAUUAGCAAAAUCACAGGAAGGAUGCGCAGUUAAGAUGAUGUACUGUGUACCAGAAAACCGCAAGUUUUAUUUGGAGAUGUUUGCUGCGAUUGAAAAAGACUUGAAACAGGUUCAGUAA